ACCUGCGAUCUUUCCAUAUUUCGGCUAUCCUUUUCCCCUCUUCUCCCGCCCCGGCUUUUCCCAUCGGCCCCUGCGGGGCGGGGCAGCCAAAGUGGCUCUGUCCUGCCUGGCAACGGAAGAGCGGCUACAGGCGGAAAGCGAAGGGAGGAAGAGCGGAAUGAAUGGUGCCGACUCGGCGGCUGCGGGUUCAUGUGGCGCUUGCUCUGGGGGACGCUGAGAGGCCUUCCCGGCCUGAGGAGAAGGGUGGCCACCAGGCAGCGCCUGAGCGGUCGGGGUCCCGCUAGCGCCGCCAUGGAGCGGGCCGUGGUGCGCUGCGUCCCCGCCGAGCCUAAACUCAGCGUCUCGUUCGUACUAGGCGACGGCAGUGCCCGGCACAUGCAGCGGGACCAGGCGGAGCCUCUGGGCCGAGCGCUCGCUCGCAUCGCCAACAACGCCAGUAAAGGCCACGCCAAGGCGGCCAAGAAGAGCAAGAAGGCGCGGGCCGAGGCGGAGGCCGGGACCCCGCUGACGGCCCCGCCGCCGCCCGCCGUGUGCCUCUUCUCCCAGGACGGCGAGGCCGUGGACGAGGACGUGCCCAACGCGGAGGCCUGGCAGGACGGCGCUGUGCUGCAGAUCGGCGAGGCCCGCUACCGCGUGGAGCGCAACCCGCCCGCCGUGACGGAGCUCCAGCUGCCGCGCUCGCUCCUGGCCGGCUUCCCCUUGUGCCCCAAUCUCCGCACCGAGUUCGGCUCUGCCCGCGACUGCCUCUUCCGCUGGUUCCAGGAGCAGAAGGCCGAGCCGGCGGGGUCAGCGUCGGCGGCGUCGGCUGGGGGCGCCGGCUGGGUGGAAGCCCCUGGCGGCACCGAGCGCGUCUUCACGCCGAGCAACGCGCACAUUGGAUUACGCCUCAAGCUCGUCUGCACCCCGGGCAACAGCCAGCGGCGUUACGGGCUGGCCCGCGAGGUGGAGAGCAGCGGCCCGGUGGAGGCCGGCCCGGGCGCCUGCACUUUCGACGCGCGGCAUCUCUACACCAAGAAAGUAACCGGGCCGGGCCUCAUCCGCACUGUCACUUAUAACAUCCUGGCCGACAUCUAUGCCCAGACCGAGCUUUCCCGGACGGUGCUCUAUCCCUACUGCGCUCCCUAUUCGUUGGAGCUCGACUACCGGCAAAACCUGCUCAAGAAGGAGUUGGCCGGCUACAGCGCCGACAUCAUCUGCCUGCAGGAAGUGGACAAGUCGGUCUUCACUGACAGCCUGGGCCCUGCUCUUGAUGCCUUCGGCCUGGAGGGUGUUUUCAAGCUCAAGGAGAAGCAGCAUGAGGGCCUGGCCACUUUCUACCGAAGGGACAAGUUCAGUCUUCUCAGCCAGCACGACAUUGCCUUAAACCAGGCUCUGCUUGAAGAUCCCUUGCACAAAGAACUGCGAGACAAGCUGGCCCCCUAUCCCCAGGUGCAGGAAAAAGUGCUCCAGCGAUCAUCUGUGUUGCAGGUUUCCAUUCUUCAGUCUACAAAUGAUCCUUCAAGAAAGAUUUGUGUUGCCAACACCCACCUGUAUUGGCACCCAAAAGGUGGAAACAUCCGUCUAGUCCAAGCUGCAGUAGCACUGUCCCAUAUUAGGCAUGUAAUGCAUGACAUGUAUCCUGCUACACCUCUCAUAUUCUGUGGGGAUUUUAAUAGCACACCAUCAACUGGAACAUACAGUUUUGUCAAUAGUGGCACUAUUGCUGAAGAUCAUGAGGACUGGGGCUCAAAUGGAGAAGAACAGCGGUGUACUAUGUCUUUAACCCAUCCAUUCAGACUUAAAAGUGCUUGUGGAGAACCAGCCUACACUAAUUAUGUCGGAGGCUUCCAUGGAUGUUUGGACUACAUUUUCAUUGAUGCAAACGCUUUGGAAGUUGAACAAGUAAUUCCACUGCCAAGUCAUGAAGAAGUAACCACUCAUCAGGCUUUACCAAGUGUUUCACACCCCUCAGAUCAUAUAGCACUAAUAUGCGACUUAAAGUGGAAAUAGACUAAAACAAAAAGGGUCUUUGCAUAUGUUCCUUCCUCUUAAGCAAGGAAUUUGGGUUGCUGUAGGAGAAUUCAACUUGAUCUCAAGUUUUGACAAAGAAGAAUUGGAUAAAAAGUGUUUACAUGCCUAUUAAUAACAUGCCAAAUUUUCAGCUAUUUGUAACUGGUCAUAAUUCUCAUAUCCAGAGUGUUCUUACAGCCAGUGCUCUGGUUUUUUUUAAUUAUUAUUCUAAUAAGGAAAGGAGUCGAUGUUUAGUACUCUUUUAAAGUUGAAUUGUCCUAUUACCUUUUCAGGUGCUUUUAAAAUGGUGGAUAAAAGUAUUUUGUUUAAACUGAAUUUAUAUAAAAAUUGGAACAACUGGAAGGUUUUUGGUAAAUAGCAUACGCUAUCAAACUAUUGUUCUUGCCUUCUGAGGAGAAGGUAUUCCUUGACAACUUGCCAAAAUUGUGUAAAUGUAUGCUGCCCCUAUAAAACUAUCCAUAUUAAUUUAGCAUUCCAAAAAUGAUUUGGCACAAUUACCUGAUCUCAGGUGUUCUAUGGGGAAAAAAUUGUUCAUGUAAACCAUAAUAAUUGUGCUUAAAUAAAAAAAAUCAUGACUAUG